ACAAUCUACUGCCUGGUGAUUCUUCUUUAACAACUGGUCCGGCGUGUUUGUUGCAUUUGCAUUUAAUUCUUUCAAUUUAAUAUUUGUUGGUAAUUGAAAUACAGAAAUGGCUUCCAUCAGCUUGUUGAACCCAAAGGCUGAAUUUGCGCGUGCCGCGCAAGCUCUGGCCAUUAACAUUAGCGCUGCUAAAGGUCUGCAGGAUGUGAUGCGGACCAAUUUAGGACCAAAAGGCACAGUUAAAAUGUUGGUCUCCGGCGCUGGUGACAUCAAGAUCACUAAAGAUGGUAACGUUCUGCUGCAUGAUAUGCAAAUCCAGCACCCAACCGCAUCGAUGAUUGCACGUGCCAGUACAGCGCAGGAUGAUUCCACAGGCGAUGGCACCACCACCACGGUUAUGCUAAUUGGAGAGUUGCUAAAGCAGGCGGACAUUUAUUUGUCGGAGGGCUUGCAUCCACGCAUCAUGGCGGAGGGCUUUGAGAAGGCACGCGACAAGGCACUGGAAGUGCUGGACAAAGUCAAGGUGCCAGUCGAUAUCAACAAAAAGAACCUGAUGGAAAUUGCCAAUACCAGUUUGAAGACCAAGGUGCAUCCGCAACUUGCAGAUCUUCUGACGGAGGUUUGCGUUGAUGCUGUGCUGACAAUUUCUAACGAUAAGAAGCAACCCAUAGAUCUGCAUAUGGUCGAACUGAUGGAGAUGCAACAUAAGACCGAUACGGACACACAGCUGGUGCGUGGCUUGGUCAUGGACCAUGGCGCACGUCAUCCCGAUAUGCCCAAGCGACUGGAGAACGCCUACAUUCUAACUGCCAACGUUUCAUUGGAAUAUGAGAAGGCUGAAGUGAACUCUGGUUUCUUCUACAAGACGGCUACAGAGCGUGAGGCAUUUGUACGUGCCGAGCGUGAAUUUAUUGAUCAACGCGUGAAGAAGGUAAUCGAGCUUAAACGUGCCGUGUGCGAUGGCACCGACAAGACUUUUGUCCUCAUCAAUCAAAAGGGCAUUGAUCCCAUCUCGCUGGACGCUCUGGCUAAGGAAGGCAUUCUAGCUCUGCGUCGUGCUAAGCGUCGCAACAUGGAGCGUCUGGCUCUUGCUUGCGGUGGCACUGCCAUGAAUUCUUUCGACGAUCUGCAAGAAGAAAAUCUGGGAUAUGCCGGCUCUGUGUACGAGCAUGUUCUCGGUGAGAACAAGUACACGUUUGUGGAGGACUGCAAGAAUCCGUUGUCUGUUACAAUUUUGAUCAAGGGACCCAAUAAGCACACAAUCACUCAAAUCAAGGAUGCCAUUCGGGACGGUCUGCGUGCCAUCAACAAUACCAUUGGCGAUAAGGCAUUGGUACCAGGCGCAGGCGCUUUCGAAGUACGAGCCUACAACGAGCUAGUUCAGUAUAAGGAAACUGUAAAGGGCAAAGCCCGUCUGGCCGUGCAGGCCUUUGCUGAUGCCCUGCUGGUCAUACCUAAGACGCUGGCUGUCAACAGCGGUUACGAUGCACAGGACACCAUUGUGAAGCUGACGGUCGAGGACAGGCUGAGCCCGGAACUAGUCGGUCUUGAUCUGUCGACUGGCGAACCCAUGAAACCCACUGAUCUUGGCGUUUAUGAUAAUUACAUUGUCAAAAAGCAGAUCCUCAACUCCUGCUCCAUUAUUGCCAGCAAUUUAUUGCUCGUCGACGAGGUGAUGCGUGCGGGCAUGACCAGCCUCAAGGGCUAGUUCCUGAUUAGCUUGUGUCACAUCUCUGAGUUUCAUCUAAUAUUAACCAGGCUAAUUUAAACUACACCCACAAAAAACAAACUUAUAAACAUACGCACCCGCAACAACGACAACUAAAACUUGUAUAAGGAUGAUUUGUCACUAUGAGCGAAUCAUUAUCGCUGAUUCGUUUACUUAUCCAACUGCUGGCGCUUCUACAAGAGUCAAAUGCUAAAAAAUAUCUUAACUUCAUCAAGUAUUUCUCUUUUUUUUAUAUCACUAAUGUUUACUUAAUACGAACCAUUGGUUUAAAAAAUAUAUUAAAACUCAUUUCAAGAAGAUUUUG